GACUUCCAGCAACGAAAGAGUAACACCUCAGUUCCAGGAGGGUUAUCAUGAAACUUUUGCUUCCUAACCCGGGACUGGAUGACCGGAUCCCUAAUUAUGAGGAUCUGGAGAGGAUGGAGAAGGAGGACGCUGGGGACAGACCCAAGUGGGACAACAAGGCCCAGUACAUCUUAACCUGCGUGGGUUUCUGCAUUGGGAUUGGCAACGUGUGGCGAUUCCCUUACUUGUGUCAAAGCCAUGGAGGAGGUGCCUUUUUGAUUCCUUACCUCAUCCUUCUGGUGCUGGAAGGAAUGCCUCUCCUCUUGAUGGAGUUUGCCAUUGGGCAACGACUCAGAAAAGGCAGCGUUGGAGUGUGGAGGGCCAUCAACCCAUAUCUUACUGGUGUUGGUAUCGCCUCCAUGCUGGUGUCCUUACUGAUUGGACUGUACUACAACACCUUGAUAGCCUGGAUCAUGUGGUAUCUCUUCAAUUCCUUUCAAGAGCCACUGCCUUGGACACAGUGUCCUCUCAAUGAAAACAGGACAGGAUUUGUACCGGAGUGUCAACAAAGCUCAACUGUGGAUUAUUAUUAUUACCGAGUGACUCUGGACAGUACAACGUCUAUAUCCGACUCUGGAGGAAUCCACUGGCCCAUGCUAGUGUGUCUGUUAUCUGCCUGGACUAUCAUCUUUAUCUGUUACAUUCGGGGGAUCAGUACUUCAGGAAAGGCAGUGUACGUCACAGCCAUUCUGCCGUACAUAGUGCUGGCCAUCUUCCUGAUUCGAGGACUGACUCUUAAAGGAGCUUUCAGUGGGCUAAAGUUCCUCUUCACACCAGAUGUGGAUGAGUUAAUGAAACCAACGACCUGGUUGGAUGCAGGUGCCCAAGUCUUUUAUGCUUUUAGCAUAGCAUGGGGAGGCCUCAUCUCAUUCUCAAGCUACAACCCUGUUCACAACAACUGCAAACAAGAUGCUAUAAUCCUGUCUGCUAUAACGGGUCUCACUUCGAUCUAUGCUGCUACGGUCACCUACACUAUCAUUGGCUUCAGGGCCACGGAGAAAUAUGACAUCUGUAUGAAUGAUAACAUCAUGACACUAUCGAAUGCAUUUGAGCUUCCUGAGGAGAGCAUCACUGUAGACAACUAUGAUGCAGCUUUCAGUCAUCUGAACAGCUCCUAUCCUGAUGUUGUUCUUGGACUGGACAUCAAAACCUGUGACUUGCAGAAGCUUCUCAGUGAGGGAGUGGAGGGGACAGGUCUGGCCUUCAUUGUUUUCACAGAGGCCAUCACCAAGAUGCCUGGAUCCCCAGCCUGGUCUGUGCUCUUUUUCAUCAUGCUUCUCUGCUUGGGACUCUCAACCUUGUUUGGCAACAUUGAAGGAGUGGUGGUCCCCUUGAGAGACCUAAAUUUAUUACCUAAGAAAUGGCCCCAAGAAGCAGUGACUGGAGUAACGUGUCUUGUGGCAUUCGUCAUCUCCCUCCUGUUUGCGCAGCGUUCAGGACUUUACUGGGUCACUCUCUUUGACAACUUUGCAGGGUCGGUUCCACUCCUGACCAUUGGAUUGUUUGAGCUGAUAGCUGUUGUUUACAUCUAUGGCAUUGACAGGUUCAAUGAAGACAUCAAGUACAUGAUCGGACAUAAGCCCUCCAUCUUCUGGCAGGUUUCAUGGAGACUGGUCAGCCCUCUAAUCAUCCUGGUUAUCUUAGUUUUCUACCUGGUGACUCAAGCUCAACAAGAGCUCACCUAUUUAGUCUGGGACCCGAAUUCUGAGACGUUCCCAGCUCUGGCAUCAGUUCCUUACCCUUCCUGGGUCAAUGCAGUCAUCUUUCUUUUGGCAGGAGUCCCCAGCUUGGCAGUGCCAGUGUAUGCAUUAUGUAGGCUGGUCUAUGUAACCUGCAAGAAAAAGACAAAACCCAGUGAAAAAAUUAGCCAGAUUUCUUAACCUUUUACUGUGUAAUAAUAUGCAGACAUAUUUCACAUGUUGUACUGAUUAAUAACAAUGAAAACAACAUUUAUAUUUAAAUUCCUACCACAAACAGUGGUUGUCUAUUUAUAUUUAUGCACAGAUUAUUAGGGCAAAGUACUGAACUUUUAUCAAUGCACUUGGUUAAAAUACACACAUCUCAUGUUUGUUUUUGUGCAAUUGCACAAGAAUGUGUGGUUUAAAUAUCGUUCUUUACUACUUAUUUCUUAUUUUACAUUAAUUUUCUGUACGUGAAGAUAUGUUGUAUGAAUACAGUUUUUGCCUUUAAAUUAUUUAUUAUUUAAAUUAUUAAAGAACACAGAGUGGUAGUAAAACCCAGUAAAUCACAUAUAGCAAACAAGUACCCAACAUGUAAAAAAAGAGAUGCAUUAAACAAGCAAGAUACAAGCUAUUUACAAGUAAAAUAUAUAAUGUCAGGAUGAUAUUGUACAAAUCAAAGCUACUGGAAAAUGAUAACAGGCAUAUUGAGUUCUACAAGUCAUCACCUGGUGACCAAGUCACAGGUCACCCGCCUGUCAAAAGGUGACCUUAACAUCUCAACUGCACUUUUUUUUUUAAUACUGUAAAGGAAAUUAAAAGUUUUGCAUUUGACUACUGACUACCCAAGCUCCUACCUUAUUUCCCAGCCCCCUCGCAUCCAUUUUAUACCAACAAUAACCCCGUGGAACGUUUCAGGUGGAUCUCUGUGGAUGAUUAUCUCUGAUUUUUCCUGUAACACAUGGAAGGUUGCUGUGCUGCUCCGGAGCAAGCUAAAGAAAAUCCCAGUGAGUUUAAUCCUUUGUCUUAUCAAAGAACGUGUCUUCACAUUAUGGUGCUCCUACGGUGGAGUUCACAAGUGGCACGAACUCUACAUUAAAACUUGAAUCCUGUAUGGGUUUUUAUCAGGUACAGUCUGGUAUUGUUGUAUCUUUGGCAUUAGUAUGAUGAUGACAUUUGAGAUGGCGCAACUGAUACAGGAAGUGUGCCACCCAGUCAAAACUGCAUUUUCUGAGGGUCUGCCUAACACAAUGCAUAGUCUCAUAACUACUCCUUCAGCCAAGAUGAGACUUUGUGUAGUACCAAAACCUCCACCAAAAGAGAAGAAUGUGAGAAAAGAGAACUCACAUUGCUGCCGCUCGGUCAGAAGAGGCAAACACAAGCCAAUCAGAGGCCUUUCAUCUGCAGAAGUAUGUUCACUCCAGCAGGUGGCAGAAAGGAAUUACUUGGAACUGGUUUGAGUAGAUUGUGUCCUUUCUGUACAGCUGAACGUAGCAUCACCAAAUGUUUUUUUUUCUACUCUGAGGAUCUGAGAGGCCUUUCUGGUUCAUACAAUAAAAGCAUCUGAGAUACAG